AUGAAAGUACUCAAACGUGUCCCUCUUUUAUUGGGGUGUUGGACUCUCUUAUACCUGGACUUUAUCCCAGCGUCAAUGCGCCAUACCGGGACGGCAGAGUGCGCAGCCGAGAGCGGAGGCAAGGAGCACACAGGCGGAGCAGGUGAAGGAGCCAACCCGGGAAUUGGCUCAACUGCCAGGUUGACGGUAGGAAAGUACGGAGCAGGGGGAUGGAAGUCUCUAAGUGCUGCGAGGAUCACGCGCAUUAGAACAGGACCCCCGCUGAUAAAGGGCGAGGCAGCCAAAGCGAAAGCUGUGACAUCAGUGUCAUCACCGCACGGCGUAACGGCCAGCCAUGCUCGUGGAGCUGUCAAUUUGGGGCCCAAGGAGGCUGCGCGCUAUUGGGUACCCGGCGGGGAUGCUACUAAAGCAGCAGCUGCGCCUGCUCCCGUGGCAUUGAGCAUGCAAACAGGAAAAAGCUCAGCCAGUCCUGGACAGAGCAAAGAAAACACUGUCCCCAGAGCUGGAACAUCAGCACGAACUGGACAGCAAAAAGUUGUUGAUGUGCAAAAGCACAUUGCUCGGUUGGCCCAAAGGAGUGCCAAAGAAACGGGCAAACUCAGAGGCAGACACUCUCCAAAGCUCCUAUUGGUGACGCCACAUGACUACAUGUUGUCACUGUAUUGGUCACUAUCCACAGGAGAGGUGAACACUAGUGUGCUACACGAGGCUGGCAUGGCCAACACCAUCACCAGCGUUGUGGAUAAAGGACAAGGUAAACUUUUGAUGCCACAUAAACAAUGAGUUAUACAAAAAAAGAACAGUGGUGUCUCAUAAUACACUUUUUAAAAAAUCUGCAUUACUGCUUGCAAAGUCAAAAUAAGGCUUAUAAAUUAUGGAUAAGUGGUCCAAUAAAAGUAACUUUUCACUGCUGCCAAAGAAAAUAUAAUCAUUAUAAAGAUUGAGACCAAAUUCUGAAUAUGCUUACUUAUCUUUAAUUGUCUUUAAUUGAACACAACCAAGAGACAGUGGAGCUGUAGGCAUAUGCUCAUCAAACCAACCUCUUUAUUAGACAGGUAAAGUAAAGCUAAAGUCGAAGCAAACUUGAAACUUAAGUCAAAAGGUUUCUUGGAGUUUGACAUAAUAGUUUUUUUUAAAUUCUUGGUUAUGGGUCUGUCACACUGUCAGUAGCCAUCUGCAUAGCCAUUCCCUCAGUUAUUUACAGCCUCUAAAGUGUAAACAAAUAAUGUGUUCUUUACUGGGUAAAGCUCUUUAAAACGAUGUUUAAAUGACCUUGAUUCAAUAUUUCUAGCUGCUAAAGGUUUACAUUUUAAGCACUUAAUGUACUUUUAUUUUGCCCUUUAUUUGUAUAACAGGUCCUCUGCAAAUUGUUGGUGACCUCCCCUUUGUAUGGCUAAGAAGUUGUAACUGAUCCCUUGCCAGACAUUGCAUUUUUUUCAUCUGUAAAACAGAACACACUUCUUCUUCUUCUUCUUCUUCUUCUUCUUCUUCUUCUUCUUCUUCUUCUUCUUCUUCUUCUUCUUCUUCUUCUUCUUCUUUUUCUUUUUCUUCCCCCCCACCACCUGUUUCUCCUCCUCUCCUCCUCUCCUCCUCCUUCCUCAAUUUCUCAGUUUCAUAUGUGUUUUUAUCUCUGGUUGGGCUCUUAAAUCCAGAAGUCACUCCUUUCAUUUCUCAAUAUAUUUUGUGUUGUUCAGGUGUUUUCUGGUCCACUCUUAGCAAAUGCCAUAUGACUUGGUGGUAGAUCCACUCAUAAACAGCUGCAGGUCAAUAAUAAUGGUCUGUUUACAGUUCAAUGUGGUCUGUAGUCUGAAAAUGUCUGGUUUGAAUGUACUUCCGAACGCGUACUGUGCCUGGAUGAAAACGCUGCCUUUAAUUUGUAUAUGGCCAUGCUUUCCCUCACCAAAAACAAAGAAGAACAUUACACAUAACUCUUACCUCCUGUGUCUUACCUGAGAAGCCACACUAACACGUAAAGAAACAUGUCAAUAUGAAUGAAGCCCUUGGUUCUGUUAUCUUCUUUUACAGAUGCCCUUCUUCCCCAGCUGAGAAGACAGAAGUAUUACUUCAACAUCAGUUCCCUGGAGAAGGAGGGGUUACUGGGUGCCGAGCUGCGUAUACUCAGGAAAAGACUGGCUGAUCCACACAAAGCACUUUCCACUGGCAGAGUUUUCUGCCUGAAGCUUUUCACCUGUGUAGCAGGUAAGCAGAAAGCUACACUGCUUCAAACUCGAACCAUCGAGGACCACAAUACGCCCAAAUGGGAAGUGUUUGACAUUUGGAAACUAUUUAAGAAUUUCAAGAACACCGUCCAGCUUUGCUUCGAGCUGGAGGGUUUGGAACGGGGCCGCCCCGUGGACCUCAGGGCACUGGGCUUCAGUCGCCUGGGCAGGCAGACCAAAGAGAAGGCCUUUUUCCUCAUGUUCGGGCGCACCAAGAAAAACGACUUGUUCUACAAUGAGAUCAAAGCCCGGUCGGGCCACGACAACAAGACUGUGUACGAGUAUCUGUUCACUCAGCGGCGCAUGCGCCGAGCUCCAACCACCCGCAGCAAGAAGCUGGCCAAGAACCCCAAGCCUCGUUGCCACAGGAAGCAGCUGCACGUCAACUUCAAGGAGAUGGGCUGGGACGAUUGGAUCAUCGCCCCAUUAGAGUAUGAGGCCUACCACUGCGACGGGGUGUGCGACUUCCCUAUUCGCUCGCACCUCGAGCCCACCAACCACGCCAUCAUCCAGACGCUCAUGAACUCCAUGGACCCCGACUCGACUCCGCCCACCUGCUGCGUGCCCACUCGCCUCAGCCCAAUCAGCAUCCUCUACAUUGACUCAGCCAAUAAUGUGGUCUACAAACAAUACGAGGACAUGGUGGUGGAGUCCUGUGGCUGCAGGUAG